UGUUCGGUUGCCAAUGUUAUUCGAUGUUGGCAACUAUAAGGAAACAAGAGGGAUUGAUGUUGUGUGCCGCAUAGGACGGACCGAACGACGGACAAAUUGAAUAACUCGAAGAGCCGGAGUCAUUCGUCAUGGAGAAAAGUUUCGAUGAAAUAACAGUCUCCAGCCUGUCCGAUCUGCAGCUGGGAAUUUCGUCCGGCGCGGGGGUCACGAUACCGGAGCAACAGUCGUCUUCGUCGUCAUCAUUCCACCGGGAAGCCUCGCAGCUCAUCAACAGCAAUAGCAGCAACGGGCAACACCAACAACAACAACAGCAGCAACAGCAACGCAACAGCUCCAUCAACGGUAACGAGAAAAAAUCAUCCAGCAAACAGCAGCAACAACAACCGCCCUCGUUCAACCCGUCGAAACACUUGGACGUUUGGCUGGCCAAUGCCAUCCGGGGUCUGGAGAACGCCACCAGCCAGGACUCGCCGGAUCAGCUGGACAGUCCCACUCUGAAGGGAGGCGAACCACUGUCGCUUCCGCCCAAUUUGAGCUACCUUGACGCGCCAAACUCGUCAUCGCCAUCGAAUAUCGGACUGUUUUCGCCAACUCAGCUGCAUCAUCAGCAGCAACAGACACUACCGCUGGACCUAAGUGGCGGCAGCGUGAUUGGUGGUGUCAUUCAACAGCAGAAUCCCUACCGCUUCGGUGUCAAUAGUAAUUUUUUGCUCAACGACGGCAGUGAAUUUGCAAGCCUUCCACCGCGGAUCAGCUAUCAGAGCUUGCAGCAGCAGCAGCAGCAGCAGCAGCAGCAGCAACAGCAACAACAACAACAACAACAACAACAACUACAACAGCUGGGACGGAGGGCUCCACUGCAGCGGAACCAGAGUUCGUCGUUUCAAGACUUGCUGAACGCGCAAAGAAUCAUGACCGAUUCGUACAUCAACGACUCGUCGGACAACGAAUCGAAGAACAGCUGUGCCAAAUCGAAGCUGGAAAUGGCGGAAACCCUGCUGGCCGACCUGAACCUCCUGAACGGUGGUGGUGGUACCAGUACAGCAUCGGGCAAUGGAGGCGGAGGAGGAGGAGGGGGUGGUGGAGGUGGCUACAAUGGCACCACAACCAGUGCAACCAGUGGCAUCAAUCAGAGCACCAAUAGCAAUAAUCUGGUGGUGGUUCUGCUCAAGGAGAUUAGCAAGUUGCACGAAACGAAUAAGAAAAUCUGCCGAAAUUUGCAUGAAACCAAAGUGGAGAUGGAAGCUUUGAAGCAUUCUUCGCACUGGGGCCUUAGCCAACGUAGAGACAGUAUAAGCGGUAUGAGCACCAAUAGUCAGCCAGUAGGAAUGCGUUACAAUAGCUUCGGACUGCAGAGUCCUGCACCGACGUAUCACUCGCAAGGUAGCUACAGUCCUGGUAUGGUGGCGGAUGUGAUUCGGGAGAUCCGUGAGGUAUCACGUGUCCGCGAGGAAGCCAUGAUGGAUCGCAUGAAAACAAUGAUCGAGGAGCGGUCGUGGGCCAUGAACGAGGCCAACUUUCGGCUACUCAAGGAAUCGGAAGACAUGAAAAAGAGCAUGCACAUGGUGCGGUCCGAGAUGAACCAGAUGGUCGAUCGGAUGCUGAAACUCGAGAACGAGGUCAUCAACCUACGGGCUCAGCUGAAUAGUCACCAGCAUCAGCAGCAGCAGCAGCAUCAUCAGCACCAUCUGCGGGAGCGGGACUCCUAUGCAGGUUCGUCGUCGUCCACGGCUGGUCAGGCGGCAAAAUUGAGGAGAAACAGUAUGCAUUUAAACUACGGAAGAAUAAGCAAUACGGACGAGUUCUACGGCGGCAAUAACUUCAAUGACCUGAGCAACGAACUGCGAUUCAGCAACGGCAGUGGCGGUAGUAACAAUAUGCGCGGCAAGAUCGGUGAGAAUAGCUUUGUCGGCCAGACGUUAAAUGGAGGUGGUGGUUUCGGGGAGGAAAUGCAUGAUGAUUCCUCCAACGAUCAGGUGUUGUUGUUGGAGAAGGAUGCGUUGAUGCUGAGGCGAGAGCUACAGGAUGCUUUGGCCUCGAAGCAGGAGUCGGAAAACCGGAUUACAGCUUUGGAAAAUAUUGUAAGCACUCUCAAAGAACAGGUUCCGUCAGCCGUCACAAUGCCGCAGCACCAUCCCGGAUACGGCAUUCAAUCGCGGACGACAGUGACGACGCCGACGCCGACGACGACUGCGAGCCCAGUUGGAAUGGGGGUGGUGGCUAGUAGCCAUCACCAGCAGCAGUACCAACAGCAACAGCAACAGUACUACUUCCGAACCAUCAACAACGUUUCGCCAAGCCCUCAGCUGACUCAUCCUCCGGCCGCACCGAUAUCACCCGCCAAGCUACAGAAGGCAGCGCAGAUCCAGAGCAUCCCGCCGUCGUCCGGCAAGCAGUACAUGCAUCUGCCGUCCAGUGCGAUUAACGUGUCCGGACCGGUUACGGAUUUGUAAGGUCGGUAAAGGUAUGCUUGGAAGGGUUUUUUUUUACCAUGGGUUUCUGGAAGUUCGAGGGGAUCGUCUCUAGCCGGGGUGUGGCUUCAUGUUUUACGAACGUUUGAGGUACUGGGAUGGGACGAGUUUAUCGUUGUCCUCUAGUUGGUAAAAUUGGGCAGCAGAAGAUCGGUUUUCACAAACUUACUCGAACUGUUGAAGCUGUGUAGAUUGGGAAAUGAAUCUUCAUUGGCUCGGGAGGCACGGAACAAAUUUGGUAACGGAUCGGGGAUCUGAGAGGAUGAGCUUCUGUGUAACUUUCCAAUGAUCUAUGUACUCUACUAGCAGAGUUGUGGGGUUCCACCUAUCCGGAGAAAAGCCUGAUACAAUCAGGCCUUUCUCCGGAUAGGUGGAACCCCACAAGGGCCAUAUUCCCGGUCGUCUGGUUGGGUUGGAAUGCGAGUUAACUUUUUACGAGAGGGAGGUUCUUGUAAAAAAAAAAAAAAACUACCACGGUGCUGACAUGUCAGCACCUGGUUUCCGUCGUUGCUAUCCGCAUCCAUAUCGCUGAGCUAGCUGUUGCCGGGCCCGCUAAGUUCCACUGAUGUAACCUUUCCGUACGUCGUGGACUUGAUCCAUGUUGCCAAAACAUCCAGAUGGCUACGUCGCUAACUCGCGUAAUUCCGCGUUUUUAUUUAGCACACCGCUUUCUUUUCUUGAAGACUUUUUAAAAAAGCACUUUGAAAUAAUUCAACCGUUUAUUAUUCACUAAGCCUUUUUACAUUUAACA